CUGUGGUUCAAACAAAUGUCAAAUUGAAAUUGAAAACAAACUGAAACGUCAAAUCCCUUUGGUGUUUGGUGGGAAUUUUACUAAUUAUCAAAGCCGCUAUUUAUGCCACUAAAAAAGAGGCAUUUAUUCGCGUAUUGUCUUAUAAAACAAAUACACUUAAAUAGAACGUAGUCUCAAGUGUUAAAGAUAGGAACAAAUUUCGAAAAUUUAACCAUGGCCACAGAAGUGAUGAAAGUGGAGAUGGAAGUAGAGACUUGUUGCGUAUGUGGCGGCGGCGGCGAGCUGCUGUCUCCAGAAGAACACGAUGCGGGAGCUCCUCCCAUGCAGGUGCCACUGCGCACCAUGCUAGUGCACCUCAACUCCAGUAAGGUGGUACCAGAAGGUAGACUGUGUGGUAGUUGCAUCCGGCGUACCAUAGAGUCAUAUGACUUCAGCACUGCGUUGUCUUCGAGAGGAGUUCCGCCGCUUAGCGAGAAAAUUAGAGCCCUGCGGAGAAGGUUGCAUGAGCUGACACAGAAAAUUGACGUGUUUAUUGUAGUGGGGGGUGCAGGGCCAGGAGGAGCAUACUCAGAGGAGGACAUCAUCAUGGUGGAGCGAGACACAUUGGCUGCUGCGGCUGCAGCUGACGAUGAAGACCUGGAGCGAGCACGCAAUGCAUGCGGAGAGUCUGUCUAUCAGUGCUCUGUGUGUCCUUUGUCAUUUCAGCGCGUGGCGGAGUUCCGUGCGCACUGCGCGGAGCACGGCGGCGCGCCGCACUCGUGCUGGACGUGCGGCGCCCAGCUCGCCACGCGCGCCGCCCUGCGCGCGCACGCGGCCGCCUGCGGGCCCGCCGCGCCCGCCGGCGCCGCGCCCGCCGCCUGCCCGGCGUGCGGGCUGCGCGCGGCGGACCGCGCGGCGCUGAGCGCGCACGUGUCGGCGCGGCACGGUCGGGGCGCGGCGCCGCCCCUGGUGUGCGCCGUGUGCUUCCGCACGCUGGAGUCGCGCGAGCUGCUGGCGGCGCACGCGCUGCGUCACCGCGCGGCGCGCCACCUCGUCUGCGGGUACGACGCCUGCAUCCUGCGCUUCGGCUCGCGCGCCAACCUCAUGGCGCACAUCCGCAAGUGCCACGCGGCCGACCUGCCGCCGCCGCCGCCGCCGCCGCCCGCCGCGGGGGCCGCCGGCGCCGCGCCCUCCACCGCCUGCGACCACUGCGGCCGCACGUUCGGAUCAGUGGCGGCAAUGAAGCGUCACGCCCGCGUUCACCGCCCCGCCGUACUACAGCGCGAGCAUGUUGAGGAGGAGGGCGGCGAGUGGCAAGAGGGCGAAGAUAUGGAAGGCGAAGUCGAGUACCUCGAGGUGGAGGAGCUCGAGGACAUGCAGUACCGCGACAACGACUACGACCACAAACCCGACCUCGAGGACUUGCAAUAACACUUCGUGCAUUAUCCACAUUACUAUUGUAUUUACCUAUCUAAAUAUACUACUAUAAGUAACUUCUAAUUUCAGUGACUGAGGCAUCCAUAAGUGAGCAGAACAGUUCAUAAAUAAAAAUGUAUCGUUUGUAAAAGACUUUAAAUAAAUUACUAAAAACUUGUUUCAUUAAUAGAAUUCGAAAUAAGUACAUCAACCAAAUCAUCUUUUUCUUGUACAGAACACUGGUUUCGUAUUUAUUGUGCACUAGCUUUUACCCGCGACUUUAUUCACGUGCAAUAGCGACUUCCUGCCCAUUUUUGGUUUAAAAACUAGCCUAUGUCAUUUCUCGAAUUUCAAACUAUGUCUGUACCAAAUUUCACACAAAUAGUAUCAGUAGUUUUGGCGUGAAGACUGACAGACAGAGUUACUUUUGCAUUUAUAAUAUUAGUUUGGAUAGUAGUACUAACUUCUGAUGUUCCAACGAAAAAAAAAAAGAUCGUACGUCAAUUUCAGCUGUCAAAUGUCAUUUCAAAAUAACGAUUAGUUUUUUCCUCAGUGAAGUCUUCGACAAUAGUAUUGUAAUAUUAGUAUUGUAGUAUUUGUAACAUUGUAAGAAGUGAC